AUGCCAUGGAACGGAGGGUUUUGGGCCGUAGACGAGGUCAAGGGCCGUCGAGGUAGAGGUCAACGUGCUAGGUGGGGCGGUGAUGAUGGUGGAGAUAAUGGUGGUAUAGAUGAGGACCGGAAUGGAGUUGGAGGUGGAGAUGAUAGUGGUGGAGGUAUAGGUGGAGCUUUAGCUGAAGCUAGUGGAGGUGAAAAUGGAGGUUCUGUUGGUGGAGGUAUAGAUGGAGGUCAAGGUGAAAGUGGAGGUAGAGGAGGUGGAGGUAUAGAUGGUGAUGGAGGUGGUGGAGGGUUUGGUGGUGCUUUAGGAUGA